CCCAGUCCCAUAGACCAUUUCUGUUCUCCUUUGCGGGGGGAAUAUUGCCUGAUCCUUCAUUCCUCGGUGGGCUAAAAAAGCCAUGUCCAUGCUCCCGUCCCUUUCUCCGAGCUUACUGCCAAUCUCCGUGCUACUUGCAUAUGCUAGCUUUCUCAGUCACUGCAAGCGCAGUAGUAUGUGAUAUCGCCACCACUCCUCAAUAUCGACUAUCCAUCCAGAAUGGUUGGGGUUCCUCGCAGCAAAGGCUGUUCGCUCUGUCGGAAGAGACGUAUCAGGUGUGAUCAAGGCCGACCGCAUUGCUCGCAGUGUCGCAAAUAUGGCGCCGUGUGUCCCGGCUACAAGCGCUCUCUGAAGUUCCAGGAUGAGGGACCUCGUCUGCAGGAACGGUACCUCAUCACCUCCCCAGAUACGGAUGGGAGUGAUGAGGGAUCAAGUCCAGUGUCAGACUCGUUGCCGGUAAAAGCCCAGAGGCAAAUGCGUUGCUUUGUGGGUCCCUCCCUCGACGAGCGGGUUUGUCCGUCCCUGGCAUACAAAUCGUUCUUGGGUCAGCAGCCACGCCUUUUCAAAGAAUUUGUCUGCGCCUCGUUCCCGACCAUGUAUUAUCAUAAUGAAUUUCGGUUUGGACCCGGUUUUACCUUCCCGGACAACGUUGUCAAAAAGUUUGGUGCCAAACCUUACUACGAUGCCACCGUGAUGUCUCUGUCCAUAGCCUGGCUUGCACAUCAGACAAAGGACCCGAACUUAGAAUAUGCAAGUCGACAAAAGUACGCAGAAGCCUUGAGUGGUAUCAAAUAUGCCCUGACAUCGGAAGAUACCGUGUCGGACGCCCUGUUGAUGGCCGUCAUACUGCUGGCCUUCUAUGAGAUGAACGUACGCACCACGGAAGAUGCGUGGCUCUUCCAUGCCAACGCAGUGAAGCAGCUGAUGAAGAAGCGUGGCAUGAGAGCCCAUUUGAGUGGCCCGGGGCGUGUGUGUCACUUUGCCUUCAGGCCAUUUCUGAUUGGUGCUGCCCUCCAGAAGGGUGAAUCAUGUUUCUUAGAUGAGGAUUCAUGGCAGGACUUGGCAGCAUCUUUACGGAGCGAAGAUUCUCGGAAGCAAAACGAAUGGGCAUUUUAUAUCGACGUCUAUGAGACUAUCUUCAUGGAGCUUGUUAAGUGUCCUGGCUAUAUCAAGGAAGCCCGGGAAAUCGUUUCUGUGACCUCACCAGAGGCCAAAUCUCUGGCUCAACGUAUUCGUACAACAUGUGAUCGACUGCGACGGCUAAGCAAAGAAAUGCGAACCUUACUCAGUGCGCAUAAUCAGCGAAAACAGGGCAUCACUCUCCGCUUCGUCGGACCGGAGCCCAAACUCUUCCCGGACACGAGCCCAUCUCUUCUUCUCCGUGCUGGGGUCAAUGCUGUUCGUAUCCUCGAACAAAUCUUAGAUCGAAUCACCAUUCCCACACCGACCGUGGAACAGACUUUAAUCAUCCGUGAUGGAGCGAUAACACCCGUGUCAAGCCCAGACAGCUCAGGCGAUGCGGACAGUCCACCACUUCUCUCCUUCGGUUUGUCCUGCGAACUCGGGAACGGUCCACAGGCCACGGUCGGUAAUGAUGCAGAACUCGCAUUGACCUGGCUGGAUCGGGUCGCCGGGGCAAUGGGGCUAUUAGGAGCGGAAAUCACGUACGGAAUGAAGCCGGGAAUCCAAACAGAUCUUGCUCUGCGAACUGUUCGCACAUUAACCCCAGUGGAUGACGACCUCCCGGAGCCUCGUAGGUCGUCGGACUGAGACAAUCGAGACCAGAGAUUGUAUUCAAUCAGUGCCCCAAUUCCAUCCUCAAUCGAUCCUAAAUCACUACAGAUGGAACGUGUGCAUUUGUGAAUAACUAUAGUACUCGCUUCGUCAGCGUUGGACGACUGGUUUAUCCGCGCUGUUCAUCUACCAACCACCAAUGUGCUUGCGUCAGAUUAUUGCACGCCGAAUCGCCCCACGCUGCAGCUCAUUCUGCGUCCUAUAACGGCCGCGCGACAUGCAUCUAUAAAGCGUUGACGGCCACCGACCCCUCCGUCCUAUCUACCCCCUCGGAAACAACUAUGCACCUGCAGGCUCGCAUAGAAACACAAUCGAGUUAAAUCAUCUCUCCUACUUGUAGAGCGGUCUCCUAUUCUUCACUAUUGGGUUCUGUCCUGGCAAUCUGAGGUUUCUGAGUCCUCCAUACUAGAUCGA